GGUAUCCUGUAACCUUAAGUGCUUUCCAGGAUCUACAGUAGGCGACAUGAGUGAUUAUGUUAAACCCAUUUUAAGACGAAAGCCAGACAAUAUUAUUCUACACGUGGGAACAAAUGAUACCUCCAAAAGAAAAGCGACUGAAAUUAUGAACGAUAUUGAUAGAUUAUGCCAAGAAAUUAAAGAAGCGGCUCCUGAUGUCGAAAUAGUACUGUCAGAAUUGACGAAACGAGAAGACAACGAGAAAGCCAAACAAACGGUAAAUGAGGUAAAUAAAUUGUUAGAAAACUAUUGCACCGCAACUAAUUUAAGCUUAAUAACGCAUAAUAAUAUAACGAACACGUCGCUAAAUAGAUCUCAUUUACAUCUGAACAGAUAUGGAUCCUCCAUUUUCGCAAGGAAUAUUAUUAAAUAUCUCAUCAUUUUAACCUAA